AUGAAUUACUGUGGGGUGGGAGCUGACAAAGCCAUUGGUCGUGACAUUGUGGAUGCACACUACAAGGCCUGUCUUUACGCAGGUAUAGGCAUCCCUGGUGUCAAUGGUGUAGUCAUGCCUGGCCAGUGGGAGUUCCAAGUCGGUCCCGUUGAGGGUAUUAGUGCUGGUGAUCAAGUCUGGGUCGCUAGAUACCUCCUCGAGAGGAUCACUGAGAUCUCUGGUGUAAAUGUCAGCUUCGACCCAAAACCAGUCCCGGGUGAUUGGAACGGAGCUGGAGCUCACUGCAACUACAGUACGAAGUCAAUGAGAAAAGACGGAGGAUUAACAGUGAUAAAGAAAGGAAUAGAGAAGCUACAGGUGAAGCACAAGGAGCACAUUGCUGCUUACGGUGAAGGCAACGAGUGUCGUCUCAUGGGUAAGCACGAAAUCGCAGACAUCAACACGUUCUCUUGGGGAGUAGCGAACCGUGGAGCUUCGGUGAGAGUGGGACGUGACACUGAUAGAGAAGGCAAAGGUUACUUCGAGGACAGAAGGCCAGCUUCUAACAUGGAUCCUUAUGUCGUUACGUCCAUGAUUGCUGAAACCACUAUUCUCGGUUAA